AUGUCGCUGCACAAGGGAGGACCUGAGAUAGUUAUUUCUCCACGAAACCUAAGGAGUCCAUCACCGAGGAUCGAGGAGCCCGAUGAGCCCGAUGAGGCUGAAGAUGUCAAGCCCGAAACUCCAUUUCUUCUCAAGGUAGCAGCUGUAUGCUUAAUCUGCUGUAUCAGUGGUGCAACUCAUUGGAGCUCUGGCGUGACGAAAGCCAUGAAAAGCACCAUUAAGAAGGAACUGGAUAUUUCCAACACCCAAUUUUCCCUGCUGGAGGCGAGUGAGGAUUUCAUGGCAACAAUACUAAUCAUGGGGGGUGCGGUUGUUGCUGAUCGAAUCGGUGGUCUGUCGGUUAUUGUCGUUGCCAAAAUGGUUUAUACCAUCGGGUCGAUCCUUAUUGCGGGCGCGGCUACGGUUCGAUCCUAUGAUUUCAUGGUCACCGGCCGCAUCGUGAUGGCCAUGGGGGAUAUCACUAGCCAGGUAGCCCAGUACAAGAUGUUUUCUUCGUGGUUUGCGCCUAGCAAUGGCUUUGCACUUACCCUCGGGUUUGAAGGAGCUUCCGGAAAGCUUGGCGGGUUUAUCGGUAAAGCUACAGCAAACAUUAUUGCGCAGAACUGUGGGUUCGAAUGGAGCUUCUGGAUCAACGUCUUCAUCAACGUGUUCGCCAAUGUGGCCACCCUCUUCUUCUGGUUUCUCGAACGUUACUGUAACCAGCACCACGAGCUGCCGUCAGAUGUCGCCAACGGCGAAAGUUUACGACCCUCUAAAAAGGCCUUUCGCUUCUACAAGAUAUUCCAGCUUCCAUGGAUGUUCUGGUCAAUUCUAGCGUUUUCCUUGUUUGAGUCAACCACGACCGUGGUCUUCAGUCAGAACGCCACGGAGCUCGCUGAGAUGCGUUUCAACGUUAGUGCAGUCACGGCGGGGUGGUAUAGUGCUGCUGCUCAGUAUGGAGUAUUCUUCUGCGGAACUAUGUUGCUGGUUAGCAUGUUGCUCCUAAAUCUCAUCCCCACCAAAUCCGGCACGGCCGCAAGCUUUGUAUUCUACGGCCUGGUCAAGGCUUUCGGAACCACGGUGAUAGUUGACAGUAUCCGCACGGUCAUAUGGGAAGAAUCAGUAUUCGGAUCCGCGUGCGGUCUGGACCAAACCAUGAACAACGCAAUGAACAUCAUCAUGCGGUUAGUCACAGGGGCUCUCCAAGAUGAAGACCACGGGUCAUAUCACCGCGUAAACAUGGUCUAUUUAGGUGCGGCGGCGAUCUUGAUGGCAGUAGGCGUGGCGAUUUUGCUAGCUGCCUUGAUGAACUGUAAUUUGGCUCCCUUGCAGUGGUCGAGAAAGGAUCGGUUGACCUUUGGUUCGAGUCGUCUGGCUGCUCUCCGCGAGCAUCAUCUUGUCACACGAUACCGUUGGAAUCGCAAAGCAGCCGCAGUGAUCGCCAUCAUCUGCUAUGGACUCAGCACCGUAUACCACAUCUAUCAACUCAUCCGGCUGAAGGCCUACUUCUUCACCACCUUCAUCGUCGGCGCAAUCAGUACAUCCCACCACCUCCUCCCCCCUUCUUUCCCCUUCCCCCGUUCAUUCCUCAUAGCUAACCCAAAUCCUAACCCAGUGAUGACAAUCGGCUACAUCGCCCGCCUCAUCUCCGCAAACGACACCACAUCCUUACCACCCUACAUCGCCCAAAACAUCUGCACUUUGCUCCCGCCCUCCCUCUACGCCGCCACCAUCUACAUGAUCUACGGCCGUAUCGUGAUCCAUCUCCGCGAACCCCGUCUCUCUCUCAUCUCGCCUUACAUAGUGACCAAGGUCUUCGUCGUCGGGGACCUCAUUGCAUUCCUGACGCAGGCGUCCGGCGGCGGGAUGAUGGCCAUGGACGGGAUGGCUGACAUGGGGCAGAAGAUCGCGGUGGUGGGGUUAUUCGUGCAGUUAGGCUUUUUUGGAUUCUUCCUUACAGUGACGGGGACGUUUGUGAAGAGGUUAAGAGAGCAAGGGAGGAAGGGUGGAAUAUUGGCUGGUGAUGGUGCAGCAGUCCCGGAGGACGUGAUGAGGUUGUUGUUCGUGUUGUUGGCUGUGUCCGGGGUGAUUAUUGUCCGGUGUUUGUAUCGUAUUGUGGAGUUUGUGGAGGGCAUGGAUGGAUAUUUGAUGGGUCAUGAGGCGUUUUUGUAUGUGUUUGAUACGAUACCCAUGUUUGGGGUGCAGGUUGUUUUUCAUUUCUUCCAUCCCGGGUCGAUUUUGGGACAUGGGGGCAAGAAGGGGUUUGAAGAGAUGGACGAUGUUGCUAUGUAA